ACGCGAAUGUCUCUGCUGCUAUUGCGCUGCAGACAAAGCGUACAAAGCCCUCAAAGCCGUUCGAUCGCUGCUGCUGUUGCUGCUUCUCCUGCCUCUGCCGUGCAUUGGCCCUUGAUCGCGCCCCGACUUUCUCUCGAUCCAUCACCUGCGCGUCACUUUUGCCCACCCUCGAUUCCAUCGUUUCGCUCCAUCGCGCUUUUCCACCAAGUUCCUCCAAGACAGUGCAAACUAGCUUCUCAAUCUCUCCUUCAUCGCCCGUCGUCGCUCUCAAAGAGCAUCAUGGACGCUAGCGGGGACAUUGGCUCCAAGCGUAAGCGCAGCGCUGUCGCUGGUGCUGGUGCUGUGGAGCGGCCUGCAAAACACCUCAAGCCUGAAGGUUCGGUGUUGACUCCCGGUGACUCUACUCCGGCCAAUGGAACUGUAUAUGAUGUGGAGGAGGAAGAGGAUGACUCGGGUCGCUUGUUGCCUCUUGCGCCUGCACAGGCAGAUUCGCCCGAGUGGCAGGCGACUAUUGAGUCGGUCGUGAAGAGUGUGGUCUCUAUCCACUUUUGCCAGACCUGUUCAUUCGAUACCGAGCUGUCAAUGAGCAGUCAGGCUACCGGUUUUGUGGUUGAUGCCGAGCGAGGGUACAUUUUGACUAACCGCCAUGUGGUUGGUGCCGGUCCAUUCUGGGGUUACUGUAUUUUCGAUAACCAUGAGGAGUGCGAUGUCCGCCCCGUCUACCGAGAUCCUGUACACGAUUUCGGUAUCCUCCAAUUCGAUCCCAAAGCCAUUCGUUACAUGAAGCUCACCGAGCUCAAUCUCCAACCCGAAGGAGCUCGAGUUGGUGUCGAGAUUCGAGUCGUUGGUAACGAUGCAGGCGAAAAGCUCAGUAUCUUGUCCGGCGUCAUCAGUCGUUUGGACCGCAAUGCUCCAGAGUAUGGCGAGGGUUACAGUGAUUUCAACACGAACUACAUCCAGGCUGCGGCUGCGGCCAGUGGUGGCAGUUCUGGCAGUCCCGUAGUCAAUAUCGAUGGUCAUGCUGUGGCUCUGCAAGCCGGUGGACGUGCCGAUGGUGCUGCGACUGAUUAUUUCUUGCCUCUGGAUCGUCCGCUCCGUGCUCUGGAAUGCAUUCGCCAGGGCCAGGCUGUCACCCGUGGCACCAUCCAGACCCAAUGGAUCCUAAAGCCUUUCGACGAAUGCCGUCGUCUGGGCUUGACACCAGAGUGGGAAGCCGCUGUGCGCAAGGCUGCUCCCACCGAGACCAACAUGCUUGCCGCUGAGAUCAUCUUGCCCGAGGGGCCUGCGGAUGGAAAAUUGCAAGAGGGAGAUGUUUUGCUCCAGGUAAAUGGUGAGCUACUCACGCAGUUCGUCCGCCUGGAUGGUAUCUUGGACUCUAGUGUGGGUCAGACUGUCAAGUUGCUGGUUCAGCGAGGAGGCGAGGACCUCGAGGUGGAGUGUGAGGUUGGGGACCUCCAUGCAAUCAGCCCCGAUCGAUUUGUGACCGUUGCUGGAGGUACCUUCCACAAUCUGUCGUACCAACAGUCCCGGCUGUAUGCCAUCGCUACCCGCGGUGUGUAUGUCUGCGAGGCUGCUGGCUCGUUCAAGCUUGAGAACACCUUGUCCGGGUGGAUCAUCGACUCGGUCGACAAGCGGCCAACUCGCAACCUGGAUGAAUUCGUAGAGGUGAUGAAGACCAUCCCAGACCGCGCCCGUGUGGUCAUCUCGUAUCGUCAUAUUCGGGAUCUGCACACCAAGGGGACCAGUAUCAUUUACGUUGACCGUCAUUGGCAUCCAAAGAUGCGUCUGGCCGUCCGCAACGACGAGACUGGUAUCUGGGACUUUUCGGACCUGUCUGAUCCGAUUCCGGCAGAGAAGCCUGUUCCGCGGAAAGCGGACUUUAUCCAGCUGGAUGGUGUGAGCCAGCCUGCCGCCGCCGAGAUUGUGCGUAGCUUUGUGCGAGUGUCCUGCACCAUGCCCUUGAAGCUUGAUGGUUAUCCUCAGGCCAAGAAAACCGGCUUCGGGUUGGUCAUCGAUGCCGAAAAGGGUCUGGUUGUUGUCUCAAGAGCCAUUGUGCCCUAUGACCUCUGUGAUAUCAACGUGACAGUCGCUGAUUCGGUCAUCCUCAGCGCAAAGGUUGUGUUCUUGCAUCCGCUGCAGAACUACAGCAUCAUUCAAUAUGAUCCCAGCCUUGUGCAGGCACCUGUACAGAGCGCUCGUCUCAGCUCUGAAUACAUCAAGCAGGGACAAGACACCAUUUUCGUUGGUUUCAACCAGAAUUUCCGUAUUGUCGUGGCCAAGACCGCGGUGACUGAUAUCACUACCGUAUCAAUCCCCGCCAACGCCUCUGCUCCGCGGUACCGCGCGAUCAACUUGGACGCCAUCACGGUGGACACUGGAUUGAGCGGACAGUGCACCAACGGUGUAUUGAUCGGUGAGGAUGGUGUCGUGCAGGCCCUGUGGCUGAAUUACCUCGGUGAACGUACUCCAAGCUCUCACAAAGAUGUCGAGUACCACCUUGGUUUUGCUACCCCAUCUCUCCUCCCGGUGACUUCCAAGAUCCAGCAGGGUGUCACCCCCAAGCUGCGUAUCCUGAACAUGGAGAGCUAUGUGGUGCAGAUGAGCCAGGCCCGUAUCAUGGGCGUCUCGGAGGAGUGGAUUCAGAAGGUUGCUCAAGCCAAUCCUUCUCGCCAUCAGCUCUUCAUGGUUCGCAAGGUGGACUGCCCGCCGGCGACUUUCACAUCUGAUGUCGACAGUUUCCAGGAGGCUGAUAUUAUUCUCACACUGGAUGGCCAGCUCGUCACGCGUGUGUCGGAGUUGGAUGUCAUGUAUGAGAAGGAAAUCUUGGAGGCUUUGAUUGUUCGGAAUGGUCAGGAGAUGCGGAUACGCGUCCCCACCGUUCCCACUGAGGAUCUUGAGACUGACCGCGCUGUUGUUUUCUGCGGUGCUGUCCUGCAGAAGCCCCACCAUGCUGUUCGUCAGCAGAUCUCCAAGCUCCAUAGUGAGGUCUACGUGAGCGCUAGAAGCCGCGGUUCCCCCGCUUACCACUACGGACUUGCGCCUACGAACUUCAUCACCGCGGUCAACGGCGUCUCAACCCCCAACCUCGACGCAUUCGUUGAGGAAGUGCGUAAGAUCCCUGACAACACCUACUUCCGCCUACGUGCAGUCACUUUCGACAACGUCCCAUGGGUGGUUACCAUGAAGAAGAACGACCACUACUUCCCCAUGUCCGAAUACAUCAAGGACCCCUCCGUCGAAGCUGGCUGGCGCACCAUCUCCCACGACAAGGUCGAGGGUGUCGGCGCCGCCUCAGACGCCGCAAACCUUAACCCCGACGCCAUGGACGAAGGCGGCGAGGCUGGUGGAAGCGACGUGGAACCUGACAUGGAGUAGUCGGUACUCACCCCUCUCUCUGUCUUUCGGGUUAGGUUGACUUCCUAGACACAAUUCACGGUCUCCUGGGCGGCUAGUCUUGUCUUGUAUUAUAUUUGGUAUCGGCGGCGUGACCGGUUGGGGCGGGUGUAGGUUGAGCUUGGUCUGGCUUACUUUGAUCGUGCGUUCGCUUUGGAAUUGAGAUGUUCUUUUUGUACAUGAUCGGUCUGUGAUCUGGGGGUAAAACUAGUGUGGACAUUCUGUAUGGCCUUGAGUUAGGUCUAAAAUAUGCAUCUGGUA